CACACUAACUUAACGAUCAACGAUCAUUCAUGAGUGUUAAGCAUAAUGAAGUAGGUAAAGUAGUGCUAGAUCUAUCAAAAUUUCGUGAACAUUUUUCACUAGAAUAGUUGGUGUUUCUUUUCUUACCACACGAUUUUUAGAUUUAUUAGGAGUUUAGAUUAGCACGCGAUUUCGUUGCGUAAAGAGGGAAUGGUAACGUCAUAAAUUUGAGGAGUAUUCAGGGGGUAGCAGCCUUUUCGAUUCCGAUGCGGUCCUAUUAAGAUACGAUCAACGAAUGCGAAUACACGACUCGAUUAUUUAAUGUACCAACGAUUUUAUACGACUUGUUAGCUUUUUUUUUUGCGGAAACGAUAAUGAUAAGGCCGGCGACAGGAAGGAUGCGCAAUAACGCGCGAAAAGUGUCCACGUUUUCCAAGGUUUAAAUAGUUUCUUGGUAUGUUACAUACAGUGUUACUAUGGAAAACUCAGUUAUUCAUUCCUCGUCGUAACUUAUAGAGCGAGCGAGAACGAGAGCGAAGAAGAAAGAGGAACGAAUAGUGUGAGAGAGAGAGAGAGAGAGAGAGAGAGAGGGAGAGAGAGAGAGAGAGAGAGAGACAGAGAGAGAGAGAGAGAGCGAGAGAGUGUGAGAGCGAGAGCGAGAGCGAGAGAGGAGAGAGAGAAGAGAGAGAGAGAAGAAAAGAGAGAGAGGGAGAGUUAGUUCAGUGGUUAGUGCGGUAAUACCGCGGCACGACCGAAAAGGCCAGAAAAAGCCAUCGCGGCUUGAUAUUUGCAUUUUAAGGAUAUGAAUAUUGAAGAUUACGAGAGUUUGCCCACUACAUCGGUGGGUGUUAAUAUGACGGCCGGUGCUUUUGCUGGAAUCAUGGAACACUGUAUAAUGUAUCCAGUUGACAGUGUCAAGACAAGAAUGCAGUCACUGAUACCAGGUCCAGGUGGGGGAGGAGGAAUAGGAAAUGUACUCCUUCGAAUGGUGCGUCAAGAGGGUUUAUUAAGGCCAUUUCGAGGCAUGGGAGCAAUGGUUGCUGGAGCUGGACCAGCACAUGCUUUAUAUUUUUCUUGCUAUGAAUUUUUGAAAGAUAAAUUUAUGAGCUCAAAGCCACACUCACAAUUUAAUCAUUUGGUUUAUGGUGCAGCUGGUUGCGUGUCAACGAUCCUUCAUGAUGGUGUUAUGAAUCCAGCAGAAGUGAUUAAACAACGGUUGCAAAUGUAUAAUUCUCCUUAUAGAAAUGUUAUCAGCUGCAUAAAACUUGUAUAUAAACGAGAAGGCGUAUAUGCAUUCUACAGAAGUUACACAACUCAGCUUGCUAUGAAUGUGCCUUUCCAAAGCAUUCAUUUUAUUGCUUACGAAUUUGCACAAUCUAUGACAAAUCCAGAUCAUUCUUAUAGUCCGCAAGCACAUAUGAUUUCUGGUGCUAUGGCUGGAGCUAUAGCAGCUGGAUUGACGACACCAUUGGAUGUUUGUAAAACAUUAUUGAAUACGCAACAGGAUGGUAUGAAAGCAAGAGGUAUGAUUGAUGCUGUUAAAAAAGUCUAUAGGUUGGGAGGUGUAAAAGGAUUUUGCCGCGGGAUGAACGCGCGUGUUCUUUAUCAAAUGCCAGCGACUGCUAUCUGUUGGACAUCAUAUGAAUUUUUUAAGUAUAUAUUACGAAGCAAACAAGAAGAUGGACUUAGCAAAGAUGUGGAUGAAAAUUCCUUAAGUGGUAUAAAUCAAAAUCAACUUCCUACCUCUAGAAGUAGUACUUUCCAAGGAACAGGAUUAUACUUUCAAAAUAAUGCUCAUACAGGUGUAUUAAUAAAAGCAAGAAGUUAGGUAUGUUUGCAAAUGCAGAAACAACUGUUUAUAUUGAUAAACUGUUUAAAUAAGGCCAGAUGAGCCCAUUUUUAUAUAUUUCAAGAGUUUAUUAUUAGUAAAUAGUGUAUUAUGAAAUCACUUGUCAUCAAUGCAUUAUGUGUUUAUUACUGUCAAUAAGGACUGAAAACUGACAUAUAAAAUAUUACUAAGUCAAAGUGGACAGGCUCUGCUAAAAGAUAAAUGAUAUUAGCGAUUUUUAUUAACUUGUAUUAACAGACACACAAAUUAUUCAUUACUAUAUUAUAGCAAUUAUUAUUCACUUCUAAGUUGAAUAGAUUAAAAAUCAUAACAAAUGACUGUCCUCAAAGAUUAUUUUUUUAUCUAAAGCGAGAACUUGAAUUGGUAUUACACUUUUAGAUUACUUUGGACAAUGCAUAAAAAUCUAAUAAUAUUACAUUUUAUAACGAUAAUAAUGUAUGAAAUGUCUUCAUAAAUAUUAUGUUUGUGGCUGCCAUACUAUUUGUAUAAAAGAUAACAAAAAGAGUUGUAUUUCUUCUAUUAUUCUACUGUUCAUAUGGAGUAUCAAUUCUGAAUUUUAUAUUCUUAUUCAUCGAAUAAGUUGAAUUUACUUUCAUAAUAUUAUUAUAUGUAUAUAAUUUACCUCAUUAAUUUCAUUUGUUAUGUUUUAUUAUUUAUAAUUUAUUCAAUGCCGAAUUGAUUCAAUUUAUCGUAGUGCUCGUUUUGGGAAAAGGUAUUGAUUGCUGUGUUAAAUUGAACGAUUUAGCUUAAAUUUUGUGGAAUAAGAAAUUAGAAGUAAAGCGUGUUUAGUAAAGAAAAGUCCCAUUUGUUAAUUUUUAGCAUAAAUGUUAGACUAUCAGGAAGCACAUACUCCACUUGAAUAGUUAAUUAAAGCAUACAUAUAAUGUAUAUGUAAGAUUGCAGCCUAUAUUGAAACUGUAAUAUAUAUAAACUUCAAUUUUAAGAAGAAAGCAAUGGAAUGCAUGCAAGGAAAUCCUGAAAAUACAUUGAUACGUAUAGUGUUCAAAACUUGGCAUAGAUGAGUAAAGUCAAGACAAUGUAACUUUAUAUUACAAGUCUAGAGUUACAAGAAAAGGUUUUCUUUUUUGGUAAAGGUAUUGUAAGAUUAUAUAAUACUUAAUUUUUAACCAGUGAUUGAAAUAAUUUUUUAAAGAGCAAAGCUGAUCGAGAAAUGUAGUAAAAUUUGUGUUAGAACGAAUAUUUGACUGUCACAAUUAAAAGAACUUGCAUUCAAAUUGUCAAUAAAACGCUUUGCUACAUGAAAACAUAGACCAAGUAGGAGCGUUGUAAAUUGGUUAUUUUAUAGGCGAGUGUAGAUAAGGUAAUAUUAAGUGUGUACAGCAUAAAAGGACAGUAUAGGAGCAGAGGAAUUGUUAGUUGUAUAGCAUUAUAUAUGUUUCAUCUUGAUUAUCCAAGUACAAAUUAUAUGAGAAAUGCUCCUUAGUCAGUUGUAAUAUAAAUCAACCAGUAUAUGCAUAUAAAUCCUGAAAUAUACCGCAAUAUUGCUUCCUAUGGCUGUGAUUACUGGGUCAUUUGAUGUUGACUUUGAGAGGGAGUAAUAUCACGUGGAAACUCAUAUUUCACGCCAUACGUAUCUACUAAUAUAGAGCACAGUACUAUUAUGCAUUGUUAUUGAUCAGGCCAUUUGAUGUUCGAAAAUAUUGUCAAGUAGAGAGAAAUGAAAAUACCAUCUAGCAAUGCCGUGAUACAGACAGAGUGCAGUAAAAGAUAUAGCAGUAUUCUUUUGUUGAUGCAUAUUUACAGCAUAACAAAUUCGUAUAGUUUAUAUUUCAAAGUAAAAUUUAUACUUCACGUGACUCGGUUUGUAUGAGGCUCCGUUAGAAGGUAUAUACGUCCUCUGUUCAUUAGUAGUCGAAGUCGAUUAAAAACAAGCUUUUAUAUCACAUCAUUUCUUUGUAUUUCUUUAAGUGUUACUUAAGGAUUUUAUUUUACAGAAUAUCAUACACGAAAAGAAAACUUGAUUUUUAAAAUUUAUUUUGUACGUGUAUCUAAACUUGUUUGAGUGAUGCGUAUGUCAUGCACAUACGUCUAUACGUGUGUAUAUACAUGAAAUAAAAUAUUUGAGCGAAUAAUGUAAGUAACUCUAGUGAUAUUCAAAGUAUAUUUUAUAGAUCUAUCAAGAUCAAUCGAAUCCAGUGUAACAUCGAGUGAACUCUUUUGAUACGUUGUUUGUAUCAUUUAUCUUUAUGACUUAUAACUAUCAACUGUACGAAUUUUGGUCAGUAACAAUUAAAUUGCUUGUGAAUAUUUUGUAGAUUAAA